GGAGAGUCAUGGAAAGUGAAGUGGGAAUGAUGAGCGCAGCAGGUCUUGAUGAUCCUCUGAGUCCGACGCGCCUGACAGGGUUGGGAAUGAGCUGCCUUCUCUCUCCAAAGUACAGACACUUAGGCCCGGGCCUCACCUGUCUGCAUACGUACAACCAGUGGUUGCCUUACCGCCAUGAUGCUAGCCUCCUGCCCAUGAAAGAAGACCUGGCGCUCUGGCUCAACUCUAUUAUGGGGUUGAACCUCACUGCAGACAGUUUGAUGGAAAAGUUGGAUAAUGGUGUUCUCCUCUGUCAGCUGGCACAAACGCUCCAAGAGAAGAUGAUCCUCACCAGCAACAACAAGGCCUUUGUCAGAAGAGCGAUCCAGUGGCGAGCUGAUGCAACUUCUGGAUCCUUUUUCGCCCGAGACAAUACUGCCAACUUCCUCUACUGGUGUCGAAAGAUUGGAGUUGAAGAGGCAUACCUUUUUGAGUCUGAGGAUCUGGUCCUACACAAGCAGCCUUGGGAGGUGUGCCUCUGCCUGAUGGAGCUGGGUCGCAUUGCAGCCAGGUAUGGAGUGGAGCCACCAGGCCUGGUGAAACUGGAAAAAGAGAUAGAAAGAGAGGAGGCUGGGUGCUUAUCUCCAUCAUCUCCUCUCUGCUUUUUUUAUCCAGCGUCAUUGUACUCACCACCACCAACGUUGCCCCUUCCCUCGGCCCCCUCCCCUCCUCGUUCACCUGCCCCCCUCACUUCGAACACAACCUGUGUGCCUGAACCUCUCACUACCUCCUUUGCCUCUGAUCUUCCAUCAGCCACCACAGACCCUCUGCCUACAUCCUCGCCCCCUCCCCAACCCCUCCUCUUAGCUUCUAGCCUUUGUACGAGCGCAGCCUCAACACAACCCCCUUUGUUCUCCUCAUCUUGCACCACUGACACAUCUGCUUCAGCCCUGCUGUCAGCGCCCCUAACAGACCAAACUCUGGGAUCCUCUGCUGAAGCCUGCCCAGCCACAGAAAACAAACAGACUCCCAAAGUCCCCUCCCAACCAGCAGCACAAACCACUCGUUCUUCCAACAAGUCCAGAAGCCGAAGGAGCGUCAGCACAAGCAUUUUGGAUGACAUUGUGAGAAACAUAAUUGAAAAUCCUCCCUGCAGCUGUCCCACCAGGUUCCCUGUUGAGAAGCAGCCAAAAGGCUGCUACCGCGUAGGGGACAAGGUUCUGUAUUUACGGAUGCUGAAUGAGCAUCAUGUCAUGGUUCGUGUCGGCGGUGGGUGGGACACUUUCAUAGGCUACCUGCAGAAACACGACCCCUGCAGAGGCGAGGGAGGAGCAGGAAGAGGGACGCCGGGAAGGCCUGAUGUCAGGCUCUGUCGGGACAAAUUAAAACCCGCCGGUCUGAACGUUUCAACAGAAAACUAUAUGGUGGUUGGUGUUCACCACAGGGGAAAGAAAUAGAGUCUCAAAGAGUUAUUUUAAUAAAACAGCUUGAACCUAUUUUUUUUUUUUUACCUCAGUGUUUAAAGCCAAAAUUCCCCUAUUUUUAUGCAUCACUGACAGAGGUGACUGUCCUUUCAGGAUAUCUGAGAUGGGUUUUCUUUUUUACUAACUUAAGAAUUUUAAUAGUUAACGAAUC